AAACGCAAACCAGUAGAACCAGUCAGGCUGCAAGGAAAAAAAUUAGGGCUUAUUGUCUGUGCAAGUUCACCCACACUGCUCACUCCUGUCUCCAGAUGACCGUCUCCUGAUCGCGACCUAAACUGAGCUCCAGGAGCCCAGGAAGAGACACAGGGCAGUCCUCCAGCCCACAAGAGGAGCAUCCUGCCCGAGGAGAGAUGCCAUUGGUACCCAGGAGAUGCUGGGGGCUGCUCCAGCCCCGUGCAUGAGAGCAGACAUCCCAGGAACCCUGUGCCCCAAACUGCAGCCCUCAUCCCACCCUGAGCAUCGAGGGAUGCAGAGAGCAGGCUGAAACCUGAAUAAUUUGAAGCAAAGGGACAUCCUAGCACUGGACACAGGUGUGGGACUCAGCCCUGAACAUGACCACAGAGAGUUUUGCAGAGUUCCUGAACAAGCUCAAGGAAAUCCAUGAGAAAGAGGUGCAAGGUCUGCACAGCAAGGUGACAGAGCUGACGACAGAGAAGUGCCGCGAUGCUCAGAGAAUUGAAGAGCUGUUUGCUAAAAAUCACCAAUUAAGGGAACAACAGAAAGUCCUUAAAGAAAAUGUAAAGGUGUUAGAAAACAGGCUGCGAGCUGGUCUUUGUGACAGAUGCAUGGUCACCCAGGAGCUGGCCAAAAAGAAGCAGAAUGAGUACGAGACCUCUCAUUUCCAGAGCCUGCAGCACAUCUUCAUCCUCUCAAACGAGACCAAUCGCCUGAGGGAGGAGAACAAAACUCUCAAGGAAGAACUGAAGAGGCUCCGGAGCCUGGAGGACAGGACAAAGACCCCAGGAGUCUCCUCCAGAGAAAGCUGCCCCACACCAAGCUCGCCUUUGACUUUACUGUCCCCAGUGAGCAGGAAUGCCAGCACAGAGAAAGCAGAGCACAGGGAAACAGAAGAAGCCCACCAGGAUGUGCCUGACCUCAAGCUCAGUGAAGAAAAGCCUCCAGAGAAGCUCCAGAGAAGCUCUCCAAGCAACAGGACUUCUCCAGGCACUGUCCUCCAGGAAGUCAGCCUUGCAGAAAUGGCGUCCCAGAGGAUUUCCAACCAGCUGCAUGGAACCAUUGCCCUGAUGAGACCUGGCUCCAGACCCUGCCUCCUGGAAAAGAGUCCUUCAGGGGCAGCAGUGUCUCCUCCAGCGAGGAAGACUCCUCUCCCUCCGGAGCGCGAGCACAGCCCCAGCCUCGAGGCUUAUUUAACAGCAAGCAAACUGGACUCCCCCAAGGUUGCUCCGUCCUACGAAAAUCUAAAACUGAGCGCCCGGAGGGAGCAGCUCUGCCUCCUGCACAAGCACCUUUCCCUGCACCAGCUGGGGCUGGGCAGCCCCUGCGGCCCGGGUGAGCGGGACGGCGGCGGCUUCCCCGGCCACCCGCUCCGGAGCAGCGCUGCCGAGGGCAGGACGCGCUCCCGGGACGGCUGGGAGGAGCACGCAGCCCUGCUGAAGCUCCCUGCCACCAUGGUGUACGUGAGGGACCAGCAGCUGGAGGAGAAGCUGCAGCUCCUCAAGCACCGGGAGCGGCUGCAGCAUCUCCUCCUGCAGCAGUGCCAGCCGGGCCAGCGCGCAGACGGCGACACGAAGCUGUCCCCCGGGGAGCGGCCGCUGUCCCCGUGGCUGGGCAUCGCGGCAGGCUGCAAGGAGGAGAGGUUCUUCCUGGAGGAUGCUGCGGAUGGCAGGGAGGAGAAGGAGCUUUGGCGGAGGCGGGAGCGCUCCGAGCUCCGAGCGAAGGUGAAGGAGGCGAGGGACGAGGAUGCGGACGCGCCGCUGGAUCUGUCCGACUGUGGCCGCGGCAGGGACACGGAGCGGCCCCGCCGCCGGGAGCUGCGGGGCUGCGGCAGCCCCGGGGACGGGGGACACAGGGCACACAGGGACGACCUGCGCUGCCCCUACCACUGGCCCAGUGCCACCCGGCCGCUGCCUGGUGCUGCCAAGGAGGAGGAGGAGGAGGAUGCAGCUGUGCUCACGCUCUCACGGGCAUAUGUGACAAACAACUCCUCACCAGAGACCAUUCCUGAGGCUGGGAUGAGACAGAAUGUCAGUGCACAGAAGGGAGAAGCAGAUGACAAUGAUGCCGAGUCUGUGAAGCAAGAAUCCGAUGAGCCAGACACGACGGACAGCGAGGAGAAAUAUGAAGAUGAGAUCCUACCAGAAGCUGAGGCUGACGGGAAAUACGUUUGCACCAAAGACAAAGUUCCUGUGCAGCAGAGGAAGAGAAAAAGAGGACAGGAUCUCUGGAUAAAAGGAUCUAAGAAGUCAAUGAGAGGAAAAAAGAAGAUCAAAGUGGAGCAAUGCCCAGUGGGGAUCACAAAGGAACUGGAGAAUUGCUCUGCUUCCCACACUGAUCCUUCCAAGGAGAGUUAACAGCAGGGCAGGAUGGAGCAACUGCAGACCAAAGGAGAGGACUCAGAGACCUCAGAAUCCCACCCACGCUGGGAGAAUCCUCCUGUCAUGCUGGGCCAGGCUGUGGGGAAUUCAUAAGGACUCGUUUAUGAGCACAGCACCCUGAAACUCCUCACUCAAUGCCACAGGAGAGGCUGGGCAAGGAUGAGCCAUGCAGGUGACACCUGGAGGAGCCCCACAGUCAGUGACCCCAGCCCUGUGCCAGAGCAGACCCUCAGACUGGAGCUAGGAAGAGGAGAUGUCUCUUUGCAACCCUCACCCUGCAUCAGAACCUUGUUCUUCCCUGGGAUUUCACUUGGAGAAAGGACUACCAGACCCCUCUCCUCAUGAAGGAUGUCCCAGUGGCUGGCUGAGGGGUGGUGACCAAACCAAACCCUGCAGAGCCCCAUGCACAAACCUGCUUCAAUUAAAUUCCCACCCAGGUUUCAUACACAUGUGGAUUCUUGUCUGACCUGGAGAAAGUCCACAGUUUUCUUCUCUAGUUAAGUGAGGAGCAGGUACAUGGGCAGACAGAUGGGAUGAGUCCCUGGACAGAGCAGGGAGAAGAGCACGGGAAGGGAGGGUUUGGGUGCUCCCUCUCCCCAGUGUGUCCUGCAUUGCCUGGAAAAGGUCAGUGUGUGAGACCCAGCUGUAGCUCACAGCAGAGCACCCGCUUGGCAGUUCAUACUGACCCUGGCAGGAUUGCUGGGAGCUAUUUUUCACGUGGAUAAACUGUUCUUAGUAAUUUUUUUUUUUUUUUCUGAUGGAAUGAGAUGGGAAGAGCUGCUGUGAGCAUCCCUGCUCACAGCAUUGAUCCAGGAGCCAGGCUGGGUUGUUCCUGGCACACAGGUGGAGAACAGGGACAAAACAGACCAGCACAGAAGUGCCAGAGCAAAUUCCUGCUGUGGUGUACCCC